AUGACAACUUCCCAGAAUGGAAGUCAAGUGCGAUACAUUUGUCUAUCGUACUGCUGGGGAGCUCCAACGAAGUCACGUUCCAUUACCGUAAAUGGAUCCAGAUUGAUGGUCACUGAGAAUCUACACAGUGCUCUUAGUGCAAUCCAUCGACAUCAUCACCACGGCACGUAUUACUGGAUUGAUGCAAUUUGUAUCAAUCAAGACGACAUCGUUGAGAGGAGCCGCCAAGUUGCUCAAAUGUGGAAGAUCUUUGCGAGCGCGGAGAAGGUCUUCGCAUGGCUGGGCGAUUCGGACGAGGAAUCGAAACUAGCGACAGAAACCAUCAGCCGAUACGGUCUCCGCUACGGACCAGAAAGUCUCCGUCUCACCGAUCAGCACAUCUUUACUGACCAAGAAAACGCGGCUGUUUCUCGAUUGACCGAACGAGAAUACUUCACAAGAACAUGGAUA